CACAAGUAAACAGCGGCUGUUUGAGUCCAGAGAGUUCCAGUGUUUGUCAACACAGAGUCUCAAACUGUGGCUCUUUCUCUGUGUUAACAUACACAACACCACAGUUUCAACAAAACAACACAAAGGAGAGGAGAAGAAAGAUGAGACGUGUCGUCGUUCUGUUGGCUGUGUUGUGUGUGUGUGAUGGUGUAAAGUUCGGUCAGCUCUGCAGCGGAAACUCAAACAACACUAUGAGGACGUCAGACAAAUGGGGAGACGGUCACUACGGAGCCAGACGGGGAAACGGGACCCAUAAAGGUCUGGACAUUGUGUGCAGUGAUGGAUCGACUGUCCUCGCUCCGUUUAAUGUGACUCUCGAAGGAGGAAUCAACAUCUUCAACGACAACAAAACCACUAUCAACAGAGGCAUCAACCUCAGAGGAGAGGGUUUGUGUUUCAAGCUGCUCAGCGUGAUGCCGGAUCAAACCUCGGGAUCAGUGGGGAAGGGGCAGAGGAUCGGCACCAUGCUGCCCAUGCAGGAAGUUUACCCCGGGAUCAUCUCACACGUCCACAUCCAGAUGUGUGACAGGACCGACCCCACACCGUACUUCAACUGAUUGAUCGACUGUUUGAUCGACUCGCUCGGGAUCUGAUCGAUUCGCGCAGGACCUGAUCGACUCAUCAAAGACCCAAUCGAGCUGCUGAUCGUCUUUGUGUUUCCUGUUAAUCCUGAACUGUUCAACUUCUAUAAACUAAUAACUAAUAAGACUCUAAAA